AUGGUCCUGACCCAUCAGGAGCUAGAGGCGGGAGUCACUGCAGGAGGAGAAGUCCGCUUCCGAACUACGAACUACGCUUCCCAGGAGGCUGCUCGCUGUACCGUGAAGCACUUCCGGCAGAAUCCCCUCCUCUUUCUGACUCCCCUGUUGGCCCAGAGAUCCUUCUUGGACGUGCUGUCGCCCCCGCCUCGCCUUCAAGUCAUCCCAGGCUCUGAGAUGGGCCCCGCGGCAUUGCUCCGGGUUUCGGCGGACCACGGCACCCGGCUGGUGUCAGCAUUAUCCGAUGACGAGGCUGUCCCUCAGGAAGUGCAGGGACCAGUGAAAUUCGAGGAUGUGGCUGUGAUUUUCACUGAGGCAGAGUGGAAGAAACACCUGGAGCAGAGGAACCUGUAUAAAGAAGUGAUGCUGGAGAAUUUCAGGAAUCUAGUUGGCCUGGAAUCAAAUCCAGAAGUCCGUCCCUGGCCCUCCUGCCCUCUGGCCUUUGGCGAGCAGCAAUUUCUUAGUCAACAUGAGCUGCGCAGUCGUCCUAUUCCAGAUUUGCACUCAGUGAAUCCACUCCGACCAGGAGAUUCUUGCCCAGGGUAUCAGCAGCGGCAGCAACAGCAUUCUGAUGAAAACCACCGGGGGGCCGAAGCAGACAAUCAAGCAAGGGGAGAUUCUAAACCCUUGUCUGGGAGUGUAACUGAGAGGGGGACUCCCCUAGUUCACCCCAGCUCCCAGACAGGCAAUUGAGUGUUGAAGGUACAACUCAGGCCAGCCCCUGGGACAUGCUCUGGGAAAGCGCACAAGGUUCUUGAGAGGGUAGAAACCUGAGGAUUUGGAGCAGUGGAGUUUGGAGAGCGUGGACUAGAUUUCAGCCGGAAGACAAACUUACUCAGACACAAGGCAGUCACAGGGGAAACACGCGUGUGCAGGGAGUGUGGGCGAGGCUCCAGUGGGAAGUCACAUUUCAUCAGACAUGAGAGGACACACACAGGGGAAAAGCCUCAUGGGUGCGGGGAGUGUGGGUGAGGCAUUACGGAAAAAUCAGACCUCGUGAAGCACCAGAGGAUUCACACAGGAGAUAAGCCUUAUGUGUGCAGGAACUGUGGCUGUGGCUUUAGGGUGAAAUCAUACCUCAUCACCCACCAGAAGACGCAUUCUGGGGAGAAGCCUUGUCCUUACAAGUGCAUGGUGUGUGGGCGAGGCUUUAGCCACAAGUCUACUCUCAGCACACAUCAAAGGACACACUCAAGGGAAAGGCCUUAGGUGUGCAAGGAGCAAGGGUGUAAGAUUACCAGCCAUGCCCACCACCAGUCUGAUAAUACCAGGUUUCGAGGCUUUCAAGCACAGCCCCUCAGAAGCACCCCCAUCCCCCAAUCUCAGUGCCCAGCCUUUUAG